AUGUCAGGUGUAUUAAUCAACGAGGAAGAACAAGUUCCAAUAGAGACAAGUAAAGUAUUAUCUGAAGGUAAGGAAUAUUAUCGAUUUGCACAUCAUUUCACAGCUACAUUAAUUCUUAUAUUUUUAAUAAUAUGGUCAUUAUUACCUGUUAAUGAAAACGAAAUAUCGUUUAAUAUACCUGAAUCUAAUUACAAUCGAUUUAUGAAGAAGUUAAUUGGCGUAUUACCUCAAAGAAAAUGGAUAAUUAUAGGGCAAGCAUUAGGUCUUAUGGGAAUGUUAUUUGCUUAUAUUGGUUUACAGUUCUAUGAUGAAGAUAUAUUAGCUGUUCCAAUUGAUGAUUAUAGAACACUUGUUGAUGAUCGUAGUCAAUUGAUUACACCUUCUACACCAGUAGAAUUAGUUGAUCAAUAUGCUUUCAGAGAGACCAGUGGUGUAAUCGAUAUUCCGAUUAUGGAUGUAUGCGAUAUUUUAUAUGCUGAAUAA